AUGAUGUCAAAAUGGCCUAGAGGAUCAUUUCUAUGUUCCUUAGUAAAACUGCAAACAGAAACGUGUUUGCAACAAAAAGAUACUGCUCAUCAGCCUGGAACAAGCAACGAAAUUGUAGAAGAAAGGUCAAAUAUAUCUAAUCUGAACGGUACUGGCGGGGUUACGUCUGACGAAAACGAUGACGUGCAUGCAGUAUUUGACGACUCUCUAUGUGAUAGAGACAUAAACUCUGGUAAUAGUUCGUUUCAACAAAGGACUGCAGACCACAUUUUUGAACAAAAAAGAGAAAUCGUUAAAAGGAAAGUAUUUGAAUUAAAAGAAAAAACGUCAAAAAUUCGUCCGAGAAAUCCUGACGGAUGGAAAAAAAGAACAGCGGCAAUUGCUAGAGAGAGGGGAGAAGAAUAUAGCUCUCAAACGGGAAAGAUUGUGGCAAAAAAGGAAGCUAGUAUAGGACUAUUAUGUAAAGAGAAAUGUCGACUCAACUGUCGUGUUAAAUUUGACACAGAAGCGAGGAAGGCUAUUUUACAAAAAUAUUAUUCACUGGUUUGCAAUGCAAAAAAUGCUUUGUUAUUUAAAAGCCAAUUUAUAAAACCAGUUGCGCGACAUAUGACAAAUAUUAAAAAAGCAAAGAUGUACUCUUUUACUUACUCAGUAACUUUCAAUAAGAAAACUGAAGUAAUUUGUCGAGAUGCAUUGUGUUCCCUUUACCAAAUUGGCGCAAACAGGAUUGAACUUCUUCAACAAACGUUAAAAAAGGGACUAAAUGCUCCAUCGCCUGAUAGCAGGGAUCACCAUACAAAUCGGCAUCAUAAGUUAAAGGAAGAAGUAGUGACGUUUAUUGUAGAACACAUUAAAAAAUUUCCAGCAGAACAGUCCCAUUACUCGCGUAACAAAAAUGAACACAAAAAUAUCUCUCGCCUCUCUUGA